ACACACUCUGAACUAUCACAGAAUGAAGCCGGCUCUCUUCAACGUCUUGUGUGAAAUAAAAGAAAAAACAGUGCUGAGUAUUCGCAGUGCCCAGGAGGAGGAGCCGCCAGACCCUCAGCUGAUGCGACUGGACAACAUGCUGCUGGCAGAAGGUGUUUCGGGUCCAGAUAAAGGUGGCAGCUCAGCAGCUGCUGCUGUAGCAGCAGCAGCAGCUGGAGGUGACAACUCUGCAGAGCAUUCUGACUACAGAGCCAAGCUGACCCAGAUCAGACAGAUCUACCACACUGAGCUGGAGAAGUAUGAGCAGGCCUGCAACGAGUUCACCACCCACGUUAUGAACCUGUUGAGAGAGCAGUCCCGCACACGGCCCAUCUCACCCAAAGAGAUCGAGCGAAUGGUCAACAUCAUACACCGCAAAUUCAGCUCCAUCCAGAUGCAGCUCAAACAGAGCACCUGCGAGGCCGUAAUGAUCCUGCGUUCCCGCUUCCUUGAUGCCAGACGUAAAAGGCGGAACUUCAACAAGCAGGCGACAGAGAUCCUGAAUGAGUAUUUCUACUCCCACCUCAGCAACCCGUACCCCAGCGAGGAGGCUAAAGAGGAGCUGGCAAAGAAGUGCUGCAUCACAGUGGCCCAGGUUUCCAAUUGGUUUGGGAAUAAAAGAAUCAGAUACAAGAAAAACAUUGGUAAGUUCCAAGAAGAAGCCAACAUGUACGCUGCGAGAACUGCCGUGAAUGCGGCUAAUGCAUCCUCACACGGAAGCCAAGCAAAUUCACCAUCAACUCCAAACUCAGCAGGUUCUGCUGCCUCUUUUAACAUGUCAAACUCUGGGGACUUGUUCAUGACUGUGCAGUCUCUCAAUGGAGACUCAUACCAGGGGGCUCAGGUGGGAACCAACAUGCAGUCACAGGUGGAUUCCCUUCACCAUGUUAUCAGUCAGACAGGCAGAUACAGUGACAGACUCACCGCUAACCAGAUGUAUAGUCCACAGGGCAUCAGCGUGAAUGGCGGCUGGCAGGAUGCUCCAACUCCAUCAUCAGUUACUUCACCUACAGAAGGACCCGGAAGUGUCCACUCAGACACCUCCAACUGAUCCCCCUCAUCCAGCAGUGGACUCUCAUACCUUCACCCCGACCCCAUCAGGACACUGCAGAGGACUGUAUGGAGCCUCAGGGCAGAACCAGUCUGGGGUCUGGAUAAUCUUUCCAUGGACAAAGUCUGACUUUGCUUUCUGGACAAGCUUAGUGCUGGCAGCAGGACCCGUCUACACGCCAACACUUCACGUUAUCAUCCCCCCCCCCCCCCCCCCCCCCAGUUCCUCUUCCUUUGAAUUCCUCUUGCCACAUAUUUCACAGUCAGAAGCAAAUUGCCCCACAUGUUGUGAAGGUAACAUGCUUUCACGGUACCUCUCUUCAAAAUAACAAACACAAUUUGAAAUGCUCCAUUUUUAGACAUUUUGUAAUGAAUGUUGCACCUUCCAUGCUGUAUUUGUUCCCCCUUUGUCUAAGCGUUUAUAACUGUGCUCAUACAUUUUACUUGAUUUUAUUGUUAUUAUUUUUAUGUAUCGUGCCAAAGUUCAACUUGGGAGGUACAUUUUUAUAAUGUUGUGUAUUUUUUGUGUCAUGUCAUACCCUGUGAAGUAUUACUACAGUAGUGUUCAGAAUAAUAGCAGUGCUAUGUGACUAAAAAGAUUAAUCCAGGUUUUGAGUAUAUUUCUUAUUGUUA